AUGAAGCCCUCAGACCAUGGACCGCUGCUGCGUCGCCAGUCCUCCACGCCUCAUUACCAGACCUUUGGGGGUAUAUCUCCUCCCAAAUCGCGAGGGCGGCCACUAUCCGACUCCUCCAACUCCUCGAACCACGACCCGCACAAUGGCGACGAGGACCAUCACCGCAGCUCUCCUUUACCGAAGAAACAGAUGGCCAUCCUGGCCGUCAUAGCGCUGUGUGAACAGACAGCUCUGAACUCCAUCAGCCCCUACCUGCCUUCUAUGGCCUCGGCGUUUCCCGAAGUGAAGCCUGGUCAAGUGGGAGUAUAUGUGGGAACAAUCGCUUCCGCCUUUGCCCUGGCGCAGCUUGCGACAAACUUCUUCUGGGGUUGGCUGUCGGACCGUAUUGGGAGGAAGCCCGUCAUAUUGAUCGGCACGUUCUUUACCGCCAUCUGCUUUAUUGCGUUCGGAUUUGUGAAGACACUUCCCCAAGCCAUCGCGGUACAGGCUCUGAUGGGACUGUUGAACGGAAAUCAAGGUGUCGUGUCAACCUGUCUGGGUGAGAUCACGGAUCGCAGCAACCAGUCCAAGGCUUUCACGUACCUCCCAGUCCUCUACGGUCUUGGAGGAAUUACAGGUCCUGUUAUUGGUGGUGUGCUGGUUUCAGAGCGGAAUCCUUUCAACAAAUCAAAGCCGAACAAAUAUCCUUUCCUCCUUCCAAAUCUUCUGUCCGCUGCGAUAUUGUUGGUGGAUCUGGCUCUUACAGCGAUCUUCCUUGAAGAAAGCCUAGAGGAAGCGCAGUAUCUCCAGCCGUUGGGAAGAAGGGUCAAACACCUGUUCGCCUGGAUCUGGCAAUUCACAUCUUCCAGCAGACCACAUUACCUCAAGCACAAAGGCAAGAAGAAUAGCCAAGCCCACGUUAACGGCGUUGAGGAAGUUUCGGACGACGAAGACGCAGAAGGCGACUCCGAGCCUCCCAACUUCUUUCCAGCGGCAGAGGAAUUGAAGAGCAGUGAUGUUCUCAAUCGAGAUACUAUUUUACUACUGCUGACUUAUCUCAUCUUUCAACUUUCGAACAUCUCUUUCAACUCGCUCUACCCCAUCUUCGCACAGGCCGCACCCCCAACGGGACGGGCUCUUGAUCCGGAAGAAAUUGGUCUGUCGCUGGCCUUUGCUGGGGUGGUCACAAUUCUGUUCCAGGUCGGUAUCUUCGGGAGAUUGCGGGAUCAUGUGGGCAAUAGAUGGGCCUAUAGAGCGGGAUUGGCAGGGUUUGUGAUUGCUUACUUCCUCAUGCCCUGGGUUGGAUACAAAUAUGGCGCCCAUGGCUCUGGUAGGACGAAGAGCAUCGCGUGGUUAUGGAUCGAGAUCUGCGUUGUUCUUUUGAUCAAGACGGUUGCAGCCGUUGGGGGCCUGACCAGUGCUUUGCUACUAAUCACAAACUCAGCCCCAACCCACUCUGUGCUAGGAACAAUCAACGGUCUGGCUCAGACGCUAUCAGCAGCCGGUCGAGCAGUCGGGCCGUUCGUGUCUGGUGGUCUCUUCAGUCUAGCCACCGAAGUCUCCCCGAAAGGGGAAGCUCUCGCUUUUGGUGUUUUUGGCGGCGUCGCGUUUGUCGGAUUUUUGCUGAGUUUCGGUAUUCGAUCACCGAGUCUUGAGGCUGAAGGCUGGGAGACCAGUGAUGGCGAAGACGAUUCCGACAAGUCAGAGGACGAAGACGCGUAA